UACAAACAAACAUGGGUGCGGAUGUGCGUGUGAUAAAUGUGUCAACGCUCAAGAAUUUAUAAUUUUCUUUGUUUAUUUUACUUAUCCAUUGACUAUUUACAUUUAUUUCUGUGGACGUUCCGUUGACUUACGUUCUAUGUGUGUUAAGAUACGUUAUUAAUAUGGGUACGAGCACAAUGGGAAGCGAUUUGCAUUCUGAUAAACAGGACAAGUUGCUCAAGCUUCAAGCUCGAAAAAAGGAAUUGGAGCAGAUACUUGCGGCCAAAAACGAGGAACUUUAUAAAUUAUGUGUUCAAGAAGUGCAAUUAACCGGCAUUAUGCCACCAGAAGCGCCCUUAAGCCCCGAAGUGCCUCAAAGAGAAAGAUUAGGAAGUAUAAAGAGUGUCGAUAGGUCAACAGACGGCAAUGACGUUCAAGAUGGAUCGGAUAACUCGUCCAGGCGCCUCAGAGCCGCCACAGGUGACCGCACGAUGGAAGCAGAAGCUAACUUACGUAAAAAUCUUUCACAUAGACUAUCCACGCCGUCAAUAUCCGGUGUUUCAACAAAAAGUGCACAUUCAAGACAUGUCCGACGUCCAGAAACUAGCUGUUCUAACUUCUUCCCUUCUCCUCCACAAGAGCGCAACACUGAUACAUUCUCCAUUCAUACAUCCCAUACGUACCCUGCACUAGCAGGAAGACAUGAGCCUAUGAAUGACAACCUUCAGAAUGACAUGCAGCAAGGUACCAUUUACAGGCACCACACCAUGACAAAUGAUUACAUGAAUAAAAUCUAUUGCAACAAUACUCCUGAAGCUCAUAAUGUAUCUAGAUUACGAGAGACUCAUUUUAGCUCGAGCCAUCCUGACAUAACUACACACUACACUCAUGGCAGUAUGGCUCCACAUCCAGCACAAAAUGGAAUGCGUAAUACACCUUUGUUAUACCAAUACGCAUCACAUUUGAAGGCACAGAGUCAGCACCUCACUGGAUUGGCUCAUCAGCAUCAAAUGCAACAAUCUAAGAGGCGAGCGGAAGGUGUUCGACGCAACACAUUGCAGAGGACUCAGACUUACCAUUUAACAUCCCACAGUGAUUAUAAUCAGUUACAUUUAGAGAACAUGAAACAUGAACCACCAAUGGUGAUGUAUCAGCAUAGGUCACAACCUGAUAUUCAAGAGCAGCCUCAUAUGCCUAUAGAAAGGACUGCUGUUGUUCCAAAUACAUUACCUUUACGGGAGCAUAAUACCAUCAAACAUCCUAUGCACAUGCAGCUACAAGUGUCUACUGAUGACUAUAUCAGAGAUGAUAGAAGACACUACGCUGAUCAAUUAACUCCAAUUAGUACAAAAUCUUACAAUUUUGACCCUGUUGGUAUGAACAAGUUCUCACCACUCUCUCAAGCAGAUAUGAAAGUGAAAGAGAAGCAAUGGUACGAAACUUCAUUAGAUUCGCCAACAAAAUCUGAAGCGUCUCUUCUUAAAAAGAGUUCAAGCUUGAAGAGGACUUCCAGUGUAGGAAAUUCGCAAGCGUAUGAGAUCAUGAUCUCUACUGGCCGACACUCGGCCAUGCAGAGCCCUAACCAGAUGCCACAAAGUCCUCCAGUGCUAUCCCCUGGUGCAGUUUCCUUGGAGUCACCUAAAAACCUAACAGUGAUUGAACAAGGAAAAUGUAUACCAUACAGAGAAGAGACUAAGCCUUUUGAAAUGUCUGAUUUUUACAAAUAUUCUACUAAAUUUAGGCAAGCUAUUGUUCAAAAAAGUGUCCCAAGUAAUCCUGGUCCAAGCUUAAACUCAGGGUAUAAUAAAUUGCCUAUGGAAUUGCCACAGUAUGCUCAAGAACAUUGGCACGGCCAAACUAAUUGAAGGAUUCUACAAGACUUUGAAUAUUGUAAAAUUUGUUUUUACUAUGUAAUAAUUUAUUUGACUAGAAUUGGUGUGAGAAUUUAUAGUAAUAUUAAACAUUUUAGCUCAUAGUGUGUACUUAUAUUAAAUUGUUAUCUUCAUAUUUAAAGUGGCAAAAUAAUGAAAAGAGAAUGUCUGCCAAUGUCUGAUCUAGAUGAAAUGUGUGUGACACUAAACUUGCAAAAUAUAUUGAAAUGAUAUUUCUAUUUUACUGGAUUAUUGUGAUAAAAUGACAAUUGAAUGAAUGAUGGCAACCAUAAUGUUUGAAUAUUGAUAAGAUUAGCGCUGUGAUAACAAUGUGCAAGUUGUUCAAUAUUAUUGUGACAAUAAAGAGUUAGACUGCAUAAGAUUGUAAUCAUUAUAUACUAAAUCAAAAUUCUAUGUUUGUAAACAGCUGACAAUUGUUAAUUCUAUUAUUUUGAUCUCGUUGAAUUGCCGUUUAAUUAGUUACAAGUACAAGCCGAUAGUAUUACCACUUGUUACAAUUUGCCCUAAUUUUAAGUAAUUUCGAUGCUUUGCCCACCGCUUUUAGUAAUACAACAAUAACAACAUUUAAAUGUCAUUAUUUAACAUCGCCGCUUUUGUGAUAAUAUUUCUCAUAAUUAAGUAAUAUUUUGUUUGAGAUCAGUUAUUUUAGGUACCUUUAAGUUCGAGUCUAGUUAGUCAAUGUGAAAUGAUUAGAUAGCUACUUUUCACAUAGCUGUAAAAUUUAUUCAGAAACUAGUGAAAUUUUACAGUAGAUAUACCUAGUUGGUUAUUUUUACUAUAUUAAUUCAAUGCAUUAUAUUAAAAUAACUAAUGUUGUUGACGUAAGCUGUUACUGUUUUCUAUACUCAAAGACUUAUCUUACUUGCCAAGCAAAUUUUAGACUAACUGCCAAUGCCUUCGUCCAGUAACAAAAUAUUCGGUAGCUAAAAAUAUUUCACUUGUAUAUAGAUUUUAGUAUGUAAUAGGUAAUUAGGUUUAGAAAUAGUGAGAACACUGGAACAUGUUUUAAAAUAUUUUUAUAAAGAGUCUAUGUAAGCAUUGUGCUCAUAGCUCAGUUUAUGUGGGACUAAUAAAGUUUUAUAGUAUA